AUGAACAAGCAAAACAAGAAGCAGAAAUACCAGUAUCCGCCGUCCGUCUCAGACCCCAAUGUCCCGCUCAUCACACCUAUCGGCGACCCUUGGCCGCGACCAUACCUCAUCGAGGACGGACUGCGACGACUUGCUCCGUACCAUUUCACCUACAAUACCUUUUGCAAGGAACGAUGGCGCAACCGGCCCCUGAUAGACAUAUUCGAGGCUGAAUUCCGCGACCGACCCCUCGCCUACUACCGCGAUUCGAUGGAGAAGGGCAGUAUCUAUGUCAACGGCAAGGCCGUCGGCCCUGACUAUAUUGUCCGGAACGGAGAUCUCAUCUCACACACCUUGCAUCGUCAUGAACCCCCCGUCUCGGCCGACCCCGUCGGAGUGAUUCACGAGGACGACGACAUGAUUGUGAUAAACAAGCCUGCCGGCGUACCGGUCCACCCUGCCGGCCGUUACAAGUUCAACUCAGUCAUUGAGAUCAUGAAGGCGGAGAGGGGCCCACAGUUCCUGCCGUACCCUUGCAACCGCCUGGACCGUCUUACAAGCGGCAUCAUGUUCAUCGCAAAGAAUGUGCCCGCUGCUGAGGCCCUGGGUGUCAAGAUCUUCCAGCGUACCGUCAGGAAGGAAUACCUUGCCCGGGUUAUGGGUAGGUUCCCAGAUGGUGAGGUUGUGUGCAACCAACCUAUCUUGCAAAUAUCCCCCAAGCUGGGGCUGAACCGGGUCCGUGCCAACGGCAAAUCAGCCCGGACGGUUUUCAAGCGCUUGGCUUACUAUCCACCCCCGGAAGACUCCGUCGCCGGUGAAGACGGACGUCCUAGAACGCCGGAGGAGCUCAAGGACGAGAAACACAGGCCCUGGGUGAAGAAGAGGGGUUAUUCCAUCGUCCGGUGUAUGCCCGUCACCGGUCGGACUCAUCAGUUGCGGGUGCAUCUUCAGUACCUCGGUCACCCCAUCCAAAACGACCCCAUUUACGCCAACGGCCGGGUAUGGGGCUUUGAUCUCGGCGAAGACGAUGCCGAUGGGACCCAAAACACCGAUGAGGACAUCAUUAGUCGGUUAUCUCGGAUGGGCAAGGAAGACGUAGCAGAUGCCGUAGCGUAUUACGACGAUAUGGUGGACAAGUAUGAGAAGAGGAGGGCCGAGAAAAUGACGGGCGAGCUCUGCGACGUUUGCGAGACGCCGCUGUACUCAGAUCCCGGCGACCACGAGCUUUCGCUGUGGCUGCACAGCCUACGCUACGAGGAUGCAGGCGGCAGCUGGGCCUAUGUUAGUCCAUUGCCGCAGUGGGCGCUCCCGCCAAAAGGCAUGAGCGGGCCAACAUCGGUUGGCGGGAUGGAGGAGUUGGUGGAGGCGGUAAAGGACGAAAACCCGGAGAUAUCAUGA